AUGGAGCCCAGACUCAGGGACCCCUAUCACCCUCACCAAGCCCAGGGUAAUGCUCCAGGUAGCGGGGAGCAGAGCCAAGAGAUAAGAGUCGAGUUUGGAGAAGAUAUCCCAGAAGCUCCUGAGAGGCUGAUGACAGACACCAUUAAUGAACCCAUCCUGCUGUGUCGAUUUCCCGUGGAGAUCAAGUCCUUCUAUAUGCAGCGAUGCCCCGAGGACUCCCACCUCACUGAAUCUGUGGACGUGUUGAUGCCCAACGUUGGUGAGAUUGUGGGAGGCUCGAUGCGUAUCUGGGAUAGUGAAGAAAUGCUGGCAGGUUAUAAGAGAGAAGGGAUUGACCCCGCUCCCUACUACUGGUACACAGAUCAGAGAAAAUACGGGACAUGUCCUCAUGGAGGCUAUGGCUUGGGCUUGGAGCGGUUCUUAACCUGGAUCCUGAACCGGUACCACAUCCGAGACGUGUGCCUGUACCCUCGGUUUGUGCAGCGCUGCAGGCCCUGACCGAGUCCUCCUGCAGCAUAAACGAAGGAACUCCGUUCGUGCAAGGAGCAGACUGCCUCUUUCCAAAAGGAAAAAAACAGAAAGCCAAAUCAUCCCUCUUCUGUCCCAUUGGCCUGUAACUAUUUGUUUUUCUCUGUUUUUGAUUCCUCUUACCAUGAAAAGUCGUCCAUAUUGCUUGAACAUCAAGCAGCGUUGCUGUCAUUUGAAGAAAAGGAGUAUUCAUUGCAAAGUUUGGAAGAAACGAGUGGCAUGGAGUUCUGUAGUUAUGGAUCCGUUUCAGCAUUUUAUCCAAUUACAGGCUCUAGUCGCUGUGUUCUAUGUACCGGAUAUAUAAUUAAACAGUUCUUAAUUAUGGCUUAA